AUAACAUUCAAUCCUUCUCCUUCAUCAUACAACACAAGAAUUGAGACGAGAUGACAAAAAUGGAAGACGACACCGUGGAGAAGAAAUCAGGCUGUGGCCUAUUAAAUGCAGUUUUUGGGCGGCGUAGUUUUUGGCCAAGAAGAUCUACCUCUACUGGUUCGCUUCCUACCGGGAAUGGAACCAAUUUCGGCAAGACACCAAGCACUCCGAAUUCAAGGAAGCGACGAGGCGGCUCGGAUGAGUCCCUUGAGACCUCAUCAAAUGUAUCAGAAUCCUCAUCAAAACCAAUGGCUAGACCUUCCCAAAAUCCUCACAGGGGGCCUCCUGCGUAUCACCAAUACCAGGGCAGAAGACAAUCCUAUGAGGCUGCAAUCAUACCCUCAGCAGGCGCAUGCGCAAAACAGAUGACUCCUAGCCAAGAAUAUGUUAACCACGGCAAAAGGGUGCCAAAGGAAGCCAUUGGCAUCUCUGGUGAGCUUGAAAGCAUGCUCAUAGAUCAGCAGAAAAACUUAGGAAAUGGUAAUCUUGUCCGGGCUUCGUCGAGCAAUGUCAUGCUUUUCGGAAAUCUUGGUAACUUGAGGCAACCGGGAGGAAAUCUGAAUAAUUCACAUAAUGUUUUUGAUCACCUUCCCAAGACUGCAAGAGAAGAGAUCCCAAAGCCUAAAGCAAGUUACCCAAAUAGUACGGCAAUGGGAAAUGUGGUAAAGAGUUCUUAUAGAGACAUGACACCCAAUGAAGAGCAGUCGGGUUCCCUGUGCCGGGCAAUCUCGACUAGAAUGGAUCCUGAAUCAUUGAAGAUUAUGGGGAAUGAAGAUUACAAGAAUGGAAGAUUUGCAGAAGCCUUGGCCUUGUAUGAUGCUGCAAUUUCCAUUGAUCCCAAUAAGGCUUCAUACAGAAGCAACAAAAGUGCCGCAUUAACCGCUCUCGGCAGGCUUCUUGAGGCAGUUUUUGAGUGCAGAGAAGCCAUUCAAAUCGAACCUCAUUAUCACAGAGCUCAUCAUCGUUUGGCAACAUUAUAUGUGAGAUUAGGGGAAGCAGAAAAAGCAUUGUAUCACUACAAACAGGCAGGACCGGAGGCCGACGGCGACGACAUUGCUAAAGUGAAAACACUUCAGGUGCAUCUCAACAAGUGCACAGAGGCUCGCAGAGUACGAGAUUGGAACACCCUGAUUAGGGAAACAGGGUGCGCCAUAUCUGCAGGCGCGGAUUCUGCACCAUUGAUAUUUGCUUUGCAAGCUGAGGCCUUGUUGAAGCUCCAUAGACAUCAAGAUGCAGAUGAAGCAAUGUUGAAGGGUCCACAUUUUCACCUUGACGCCUGUACUAGAUUCCUGGGCCCUAUUGGUAGCGCAAAUCUGUUGGUUAUUCGGGCUCAAGUUGACAUGGUAGCCGGCAGAUUCGAUGAUGCACUGGAGACAGCACAGCGCGCAGCUCGGCUAGACUCGAACAACAGGGAAGCGAACCCAGUGGUGAGGAAGGCUCGGGCAGUUUCAGCAGCUCGAUCAAAAGGCAAUGAGCUUUUCAAGAAAUCAAGGUUCUCUGAGGCAUGUGUUGCGUAUGGGGAGGGGCUGGAGCACGACCUAUAUAAUUCAGUGCUGUUGUGCAACCGUGCUGCUUGUCGGUCCAAACUUGGCCUAUUUCAGAAAGCUGUGGAGGAUUGCAAUGCUGCCCUCCAUGUCCGACCCUCCUACUCCAAGGCUAGACUAAGAAGAGCCGAUUGCAAUGCCAAGUUGGAAAGAUGGGAAGCUUCAAUAAAAGACUACGAGGUGUUGUUAAAGGAAACACCGGAAGACGAGGAGGUGAGGCGUGCGUUGUCAGAGGCCCAGAUACAACUGAAGAAACAACAUGGUGAAGACAUGGGCAUGAAAUAUAGCACUGGAGCUGACUCUGUCGUCACCUUCUCCUAGUAGAGAGAUUUAGAUGUACGUAUAGAAGGAAAAACCAGCCAUGCAGCUUGAACAAAGAGGCCCGAAAUAGACAAGAAAAAGAGCUGCUCCUCUGCUUCGGUGGUGGAGCUCUAGGAGUGUAACGAUGACAUGAUAGGUAAUCAUCAAUAGGGGGUAAAAAGUGAAAACAAUGGUUUGA